AUGAGUAACAACGAAGCUUUUGACGGACAGAUAUUAGCUGACAAGCUCACAAAACUCAACAGUUCACAGCAAAGCAUUGAAUCUCUGUCUCGUUGGUGUAUUUCUCACCGAAAGAAAGCAAAACAGAUUGUUGAAACAUGGGAUAAAUGUUUCAAUUCUUCCCAAAAAGACCAGCGUGUGUCUUUUCUAUAUUUGGCUAAUGACAUAUUGCAAAACAGUAGGCGAAAGGGCAGUGAGUUUGUGAAUGAAUUCUGGAAGUUCCUUCCUGCAGCUCUGAAGCAUGUUUAUGAAAAUGGUGAUGGACAUGGAAAGAAAGUUGCCACAAGACUGGUUGACAUUUGGGAAGAAAGGAAGGUUUUUGGGUCUCGAGGGCAGAGUCUUAAAGAUGAAAUGAUGGGAAAGAAUCCUCCUGCUCUACCUGUAAGCAAUGGAAAGAGUUCAAAUCCUAUCAAGAUAGUGAAGAGGGAUGCACACUCAGUUAGAAUUAAACUGGCUGUUGGAGGUCUGCCAGAAAAAAUACUUACCGCAUUUCAACCUGUUCUUGAAGAACAUCUUAGCGAAGAAGCUGCUUUGAACAAGUGUAGUGCCGCUCUACAUCAUGUGGGUAAAAUUGAUGAAGAUGUUGAAAAUACCUUGACUCAUGGUAAGACCUAG